AUGACGUAGAGUUGGAGGCGUUGGCCGGGUUACUGUCAUUCUGUCUGACACACAUCAAGACGCCCUUGAAAAUAGUCUUUUAACUGCUGGAAACCUGGAUUUAACCACUUAAAUUCCUGCAGACUUACUCUACCUCUUGUUUUUAAUCGUACUGCCACUAACUUCGCUGCCUGAAUCCGUCGAAAUGAUCAAAAACGGUCACCACGCCACCGGCAGCGAUCAGCGGGAUGAAGCCGGCAGCAGUAAGCCGGGUGCCUCAGCGUGCAGCCCGGAGAAAAGGAAGCGGGUUGUCCGGUUGUGGUGUGACGGAUGCUAUGACAUGGUGCACUAUGGCCACUCCAACCAGCUGCGUCAGGCCAAAGCAAUGGGAGAUUACCUCAUAGCAGGAGUGCAUACAGAUGCCGAGAUUUCCAAGCACAAGGGUCCUCCGGUCUUCACUCAGGAAGAGCGCUACAAGAUGGUUCGGGCAAUCAAGUGGGUGGAUGAGAUAGUAGAAGGAGCACCUUAUGUCACCACCCUGGAGACUCUGGACAAAUAUAACUGUGACUUCUGUGUGCAUGGAGAUGACAUCACACUGACCGUUGACGGCAAAGACACAUAUGAAGAGGUGAAGUGUGCAGGACGUUACCGGGAAUGUAAGCGCACACAGGGUGUUUCCACCACGGACGUGGUGGGACGUAUGCUUCUCAUGACCAAAGCCCACCACAGCAACCUGGAUAACCCAGAUUAUCAGCAGCACGCAGACAACUUUGGAAAGGGUCCCAAAGGCCACAGUCCGUGGACAGGAGUGUCUCAGUUCCUGCAGACAUCCCAGAAGAUCAUCCAGUUCGCCUCAGGAAAGGAGCCUCAGCCUGGAGACACCAUCAUUUAUGUGGCGGGAGCAUUUGACCUCUUCCAUAUUGGCCAUGUUGAUUUUUUAGAGAUGGUCUAUAAACAGGCGGAGAGGCCCUAUGUCAUCGUAGGUCUGCACUUUGACCAGGAAGUGAAUCGCUACAAAGGGAAGAACUACCCGAUCAUGAACAUCCACGAGAGAACCCUGAGUGUCCUGGCCUGUCGGUAUGUGUCAGAGGUGGUGAUUGGUGCUCCCUAUGCAGUGGGCAAAGACCUGUUGGAUCAUUUUAAGGUGGACCUUGUGUGUCACGGCAAGACAGAGGUGUUUCCAGACAAGGACGGGUCAGACCCCUACGCUGAACCUAGGAAGAGGGGAAUAUUCAAGACUAUUGACAGUGGGAACAACCUCACCACUGAUGAUAUCGUCCAGAGAAUCAUUGAAAACAGGCUGCAGUUUGAGGCCAGGAACCAGAAGAAGGAGGCCAAGGAGAUGGCAGUGAUCGAGGCGAUGAAGAGGAGAGAGCAGCAGGAUCAGAGUGAAGCUGCAGCUGAGGCUGCGCAUUAGUGAGACCUCAAACCUGAGCCUGAGUCUGUUUAACUCGUCCAGGUACACUUAGCUUUAAGAAGGUGGAUUCAGCCGACUCAGACGGAGAGUCCAUGUCGUCGUCUAGUGGACCUGGCCAGUCGGUCUCUCUACUAGUCCACUGGGUGCAAAAUCAUGCAUUUAAUCUUCAUUGAGGCAUUAUGCUUCUGUCUUUAGUGGACUCCAGUCUGAAAGGAUUUCCAACAGAUCUCCUUUAGACAAUAAUACGAGGAGUCCAAGAAUGUGCUCAGUUUUAACCUGCAAAAAUCCCUUUACUUGUCUCUUCCUCCUCAGAAAACUAUUUUAUCUUCAGUCAUGUUUUGUUUUUGUCCUUGAAUUCGUACACUACAUGUCCAUGUGCAGGUAUAGAUGUGGUACAUUAGGUUUGUAACUACCCAAAACUUAUUGACAAAUAUUGUUGUCAGAUAUGUUUUUAGGUUUUUAACCAAAUUAGUUUUAAUGAUCAGUCUUAGAAGUGUCAUUAGUAAAAUUGACUGUGGUCUGUUUUAACCCAUUUUCAUUUUUAGAGAUCAAUUUGUUUUUGUCCAUCCUAAAAAAAAAACAACCCAUUAUUACUAUGUUAAAUGAUCUGUGAAAUGGCCUAAUAAUUUUACCUGUGGAUUUUAUCUACCUGAAUUUGCACCGGAUGUGUGUGUGAGUGUUGAGUGAGUUCAAUGAGUGAAUGUUUGUGCUGUAAAUGACAGUAGUGCCUCAUUCCUAAAGCUAUAAACUGUAUAAGGGCUGUGAAUUGUAUUAACUUCUGAUUCCACUCAGUAAAAACUACUGGAGUGUCUCUGCAGCUGUUGCUAAAACUGUUGGUUCCUUCAUUCUUCACUCUUCUUUCAAGGAAUAUGUUUUGAGAAAAUGAGAAUGUCUCUUGUCUGUUCUCCUUUUUCACAAGACAAUCCAAGAAGUGAAAGACCUGGGACCCAAUUUCACUGUCAGACAUUGAAAGUUACUGGUUUUCCUGUCCUUACAUGGAGCAUACUGGUUGGUGAAUUGUUAAUGGUGUGAAACUGUGUGUUUGUGGGUUGGAAGGUGUGGUGGUGGCAGUGUGUGGAAUAAAGACGUUUUUAAUAUUAAAAUGGUGAAAAUUUUCACAACCCUUCAA